CGUUUCGUGUCGGCUUGUUGUGACAGCUUCAAUGCGGGAAAAGGAGUUGUUUUUCAACAAAAUUAGGCUCAAUUUCCUUCACUGUUACAAUUAAACGCCGAUUUCAUCUCUUUUUCCGCGACAGGAAUGGCUCCAGCAAAAGAAAGUGACUCGAAAAGCGAUGUGCAAUCGGCCCCGCCGAUAAAGAAGCCCAAACUGGAGGAUGUCCUCGACGAGGAAGAGGAGGGCAACAGUGGCCAGCAGGUCCAGCGGCGAAAGCAAACCGUAACCGAUCGCUCCAAGCAGUGUCCCUACCUGGACACCAUCAAUCGGCAUCUGCUUGACUUUGACUUUGAGAAGCUGUGCUCGGUGUCACUGACCCGCAUCAACGUGUACGCCUGUCUGGUGUGCGGCAAAUACUUCCAGGGCCGCGGGACCAACACCCACGCGUACACCCACUCGGUGGCGGAAUCGCACCACGUGUUUUUGAACUUAUCCACGCUCAAGUUUUACUGUCUGCCGGACAAUUACGAGAUCAUCGACUCCUCCCUAGACGACAUCAAGUACGUGCUGGAUCCGGUGUUUACCGUGCGUGACAUCCGCUCCCUCGACCGGGAGGACGUGAAGCAGUCGCGGACGGUCGACGGUACCUUCUACCAUCCCGGCGUGGUGGGGCUGAACAACAUCAAGGCGAACGAUUACUGCAACGUGAUCCUGCAGGCCCUGUCGCACGUGAAGCCGAUCCGUGACUUUUUCCUGAUGGAGAAGAACUACGCCAACAUUAAGCGGCCGCCGGGCGAUACGGCCUUCACGCUGGUCCAGCGGUUCGGUGAGCUACUGCGCAAGCUGUGGAAUCCGCGCAACUUCAAGGCGCACGUGUCGCCGCACGAGAUGCUGCAGGCGGUCGUGCUGUGGAGCAGCAAGCAGUUCCAGAUCACCAAGCAGGGCGAUCCGAUCGAGUUUCUUUCCUGGUUUUUGCACAGCUUGCACAAGCAGCUGCGCGGCAACAAGCAGCCCGAUUCGUCCGUCAUAAAUCGUAGCUUUUUGGGAGAGAUGAAAAUUUACACCCGCAAGCUGCCGCCGACCGAGCUGGACGAUGUGCAGAAGCAGCUGCUGCUCGCGACGGACGAGUAUCAGGAGAAGGUGGAAACGUCCACGUUUCUCUAUCUGACGUGCGAUUUGCCCGCGACGCCACUGUUUAUCGAUGAGCUGCGGGAAAACAUCAUUCCGCAGGUAAAUCUGUACCAGCUGCUGGCCAAGUUUAACUCCAUCUCGGAGAAGGAGUACAAAACGUACAAGGAUAACUUUCUGAAGCGGUUCGAAAUCACGCGCCUGCCCAAGUAUGUCAUCCUGUACAUUAAGCGGUUCACCAAGAAUACGUUCUUCUUGGAGAAGAAUCCUACCAUCGUUAACUUCCCGGUCAAAAAUGUCGAUUUCGGUGACAUUCUGACGGAGGAUAACAAGAAAACGCAUCGCUACACCAAGUACAACCUGGUGGCGAACAUCGUGCACGACGGCGAACCGAACUCUGGCACGUACCGGUGCCACAUCCUGCAGAAAAGCACCAACCAGUGGUACGAGAUGCAGGAUCUGCACGUCACCAACAUCCUGCCGCAGAUGAUCACGCUGACCGAGGCGUACAUUCAGAUCUACGAGCUACAGGAAAGCGACGAAACGUAGACGCAUCUUUAGUACUUUUAAGGUUUUAAACGUCUCCUAAUUUUCUCUAAAUAGAAAAUGUUUCUUUUCCCAACACAAA